AGGGUUUCCAAAGGCAAACCGAAUUUCAGUUGACUCGAAUCGCACGAGUCGCGAGGAAGCAAAACUAAAUAACGCUGAAAAACUUUCAAAGAGUGAAAAUCAUUAGACUUCGCCUUAGGCCCCAACAAAUAGAAAAUGGCAACCGACACCACCGAUAUCACUAAUGAGGCCUUUAACUUGCGCCUGGGCUAUAUGAAGCCGGAGACCGUGGAAAUCGCCCGGGUGGAACUGCGGGAAACCGACGAAGUCAAGGCGGAGGCCAUCAUCAAGCUGCGGGAGCUGCUCAAGGCCACGCCCGAGUUGAACUACAAGGACGACGACGCCUUCCUCACAGUCUUCCUUCGCGUCUGCCACUUUUAUCCCGAGGGAGCCUUGGAAAAGAUGAAAACCACAGCAGCCUUCCGAAAGGAUUAUGCCCCUCUGAUCCGAGGACUAUUGGUUGAACAGGUCAAGGAGAAAUUCGUGAAGGGCAGUGUGAUCAAUGUGCUGAGAAAUUGCGAUCAGAAGGGUCGUCGAGUCCUGAUCGUGAACUGUGGCAAGCUUUGGGAUCCCAGCGAGAUUACCAGCGAUGAUAUGUUUAGAAUGCUAUAUAUGGUCCAUCUGGCCGCCCAAUUGGAGGAGGAGACCCAAGUGAGGGGCGUGGUCUGCAUCAUGGACUUCGAAGGACUGUCCAUGAAGCAGGUGAGGGCCCUGUCGCCGAGCUUCUCCAAGCGAUUGCUCACAUUCAUCCAGGAAGCUAUGCCCCUCCGCAUGAAGGAGGUGCAUUUCGUGAAGCAGCCGUUCAUCUUUAACAUGGUCUGGUCGCUAUUUAAGCCAUUCGUCAAGGAGAAGCUGAACAAGAGGAUGCACUUCCACGGCAGUGACAUGAAGUCGCUGCAGAAGUUCCUCGAUCCCUCCAUCCUGCCCGCCAACUACAAGGGCGCUCUGCCCGCCAUCGACUACGGCGGCGUUGAGUGGUUCCCCGCUUUGGAGAAGCAGGCCCAGUACGUGGCCGAUUGGAGCCAGUUGGGCCCCGCCCAGUGGUGAUUGCCCCAUUCCAACUCUCCACGAAACCACCACAUCCUACUGACAUUAGCUUAACUUUAUGCUUGUAAAUACUUGCAACUUGUGUUUGCUUAGUUCGUAACAUUUUGGCAAUAAACUAGUAACAUAAUACUUUAAA